UGGUGUGGGAGCCCGUUCCCCAGUGGGAGGGGGCGCGAGCGAGCAGGCAGGCAGGCAGCUGCCAGGAGCUCUUCCCUGCUCGCUCCCGCCUCGCUCUCAGAAGCUCGGAUCCAGACGCACGCGAGGCGCUGUCCUUUCAGCACCGCAAGCUCAGGCUGAGGAGGGAGGACUCCUGGCCGUCCUCCUCCUCUUCAAAUUGGCUUGAAUCUGCUCUGACCCCCAAGAGUGCAGCACAGUCUGGGAAGAAAGGCGUAAGGAUGGUGAAGCUGAACAGCACCCCCAGCGAGAAGGGAACCAAGCCGCCUUCAGUUGAGGAUGGCUUCCAGACCGUCCCUCUCAUCACGCCCUUGGAGGUCAAUCACCUGCAGCUGCCUGCUCCAGAAAAGGUGAUCGUGAAGACAAGAACGGAAUAUCAGCCGGAGCAGAAGAACAAAGGGAAGUUCCGGGUGCCGAAAAUCGCUGAGUUUACGGUCACCAUCCUCGUCAGCCUGGCCCUCGCUUUCCUCGCGUGCAUCGUGUUCCUGGUGGUUUACAAAGCCUUCACCUACGACCACAGCUGCCCAGAGGGGUUUGUCUACAAGCACAAGCGCUGUAUCCCGGCCUCCCUGGAUGCGUACUACUCAUCCCAGGACCCCAACUCCAGAAGCCGCUUCUACACGGUCAUCAGCCACUACAGCGUGGCCAAGCAGAGCACCGCCCGGGCCAUCGGGCCGUGGCUGUCCGCAGCCGCUGUCAUUCACGAGCCCAAGCCGCCCAAGACCCAGGGCCAUUAGAGGCCUCCCCCAGCCAGGAUGGGGGUGGCCUGGAGGGGGGACCCCGUGGGCUACGCCAAACUCCAGUUACAAGACAACACUGUACUAAGGGAUUUGGGGGUGGGGGCGGGGCAGGGUGGGAUGGGGGAGGAACUCAUCGAAAAUAUCGUGCACUGGAGUUGUCUGAAUCAAUAUUUCUUUUUGUCCCUUGAUAUUGUUGAUUCGUCCCCAAGUCAGGCUCAUGUACAAAGGCAUGUUUCGUGUUGAUUGUUCCCAUGUAAGAUAUUUUCAAAGCCACUGCUUAUUCUUUGUUAGGAAAAUGUAAACACAAAAGGAAAGAAACAAAGAAAAAGAACAAAAAGCAUCAAACUGGCUCCAUGGGGAGAUGUUGAAGGGAAAGAGCACGGACGCCGUGGGCUUCUUAGAGGAGACGGCACUGCGGCUCCAGCGGGAUCGGGGGUGCAGAUGUGUGAGUGGCAGGCGGGGUGUCUGGGCCGCCUCUGUCUGGUGUUCAGGACAGGAACUUGGGAGGUUAGGGGCGGCCAAGCCGGAGAGAAGGACUGACUUGGCGUUACUAAGCCCAGAGUGCGCAGUCAGACGCAGGGCCUCUGGCGCCUUUUGCCGGCUGGACGGACUUCCGGGCCGCGAGCGCGCCGGGCAGACCCACGCGCGGGCUCUGCAAGCUCGCCCUGCGGGGAGGGGUUUCGCGCCAGCAGACACUGAGGAGUGGGCAGAUUUUCUUUGUAUUUUUUUUUGGUUUUUCUAGACCCGCCUGGAUCUUGCCCACGUUCAGGGGCAGAGAGGGAAGAAGGAAGGAGAGAGGCUUUGAGGAGAAGGAGGGCGCAGGACAGGCAUGCGGCACUUGACCAAGCCAUAAGCACAGUCUCCCAGUUUUUAGAUGUUUGUUUGUUUGUUGUUUCCCAAAGUGCUAAUCACAACAGCAACAACAAUAGGGUUGUAACCAGGAACCUCGAGUGACAGCCAGGAAGAGAUUUAAGGUUGGGGCUGCAACAAUGCCAGAUCAUUUCUGAAGGAAGCUCAGAAAUGUGACUGUCUUUUGCCCACUCCGUUGUGUUGACAGGGACUUUCGUUCAAACUCCCCACCUGGUUCUAGAAGCUCCUGACGAGGAGGCAGCGUCCAGACUUGACCAGGCCUCCCGCUGCCCUGGACGGCUGCAGCCCCCGCCUCCCCCACAAAUGCCAGUGUUGCGGGGUGUCGGCCCCAGGCCCCAGGGGCCGGGCGGCGGGGGGCUGGCCAUCUGAGGUGCGGUGCCGGCCCCGCCAGUGUCCGCAGGCCGUGUCAGGGCGCUUUGUGGCUUGCGCUGUGGCUGCAGUCGCACACAACAGCUGGUGACGAGACUGGCGUAGCUCCACUCCCCUGCCAGAUGCUCCCGUCCAGUCUCCUCCCCGCCUCCGCCCUCCCAUCACCCGAGUCACCUGUAAAUGCAUUUGUCAUCCGAAGCGGAAUAACAAAUCGUCCCUAGCAAAACCGCUGAGCGCUUUAUAAUUUUGUGGUGUAUUUUUGUCAGUAGGUAGCAGAGGCCGAAGUAUUUUUUGGUGUAAUUCUUGCAAUUUUCUGACAGGAAACAAAUAAAGAUAGAUGUGUCCGAGA